UCAGAAUCAGUCUGAACCGUUUUCCAUACUCCUGAAGCAUCUUCAGUGGCCAGCGUAGCAAUGAGAGGUUUUGUGCUGCUUUGUCUGCUGCAUGCAGCUUUGGGGGACAUGAACUUUGGCUGGAAUGGACCUGCUUCUACAACACCAGGAGCAGAACGGAAUCUGGUCCCAGUUUGCAACAGCGGCCAGGAGUCGUGCGGCUGCUGUAUGAUGCAGAAGCAGAUCAACAGGGUGGAGCAGUUCUUUAACUACAGCGUCCAGGAAUUGAAAACGCAGCUGAUGAAUUCAAAGACGAACCUGAACUACAUGAGAGCCAGCCGCAGUGCCUUCUCGGUCGCUCUGAACAACGCCAACACCUUGACCUGCCAGGGCCCCUUCAACGCCGACAAAACCAUCAUCUACAAAAACGUCUUCCUUAACCUGGGGAGCAACUACGACGAUCAGACCGGCGUCUUCACCGCCCCCCGCGCUGGCGUCUAUAGCUUCUCCAUUACCAUCUACAGCCUGGCGGCUGCCGGCAAAGCCCAGACCAGCUGUGCCAGCCUGCGGGUCAACGGCAACGAGGUGGCACCCCUCAGCGAGAGAAACGGCAAGGACAGAGAAGACAGCAGCACGGUGGUCGCAGCCGUGCAGCUGAAGGCCGGAGACAAGGUGACGGCCAGUCUGCUGCAAGGAUGCGACAUCUGUGACGACGUCAACCACUACAACACCUUCACCGCCUUCCUGCUGUAUGCCACCGACAAAGCAUAGUCCUGCAAACUGUGCUGAAACUGGAGCUCGCUAGCUAGCUUUGUGGCGCCUUCCACCAAUGAAUGAUAGUGGUGUCAUGUGAUAGUGAUAGUGGUGUCAUGUGAUAGUGAUGUCUGUUUCAUGUUCUUCAUGCCUCAAUGUAACUGUCGGAACUACUGUAACAAUGUGAUUUGAUUGUCUGAUGAAGCUCUUAAGUCUUGUGAGAAAAUAAAUAAGACUUCAAACCCAAA